UAGAGGGGCAAAAACGUCAAAAUACAGAAAAGGAAAAAGAUACAACAUUUCUGGUUUUUGUGUGCCGGCGAAGAACCGGUGAGUGACGGGUCAAUUCACAUACUUGUUUAACGGCAACAAAAACCUACCGAUAAAUGCUAAACUAACGAAAUCGGAUCAUAGCUCGACGAAGUCUCGAUCUUUUCUAUUCUCUCUUUCUGGGUAUUCGUGGGUUUUACCCAGAUUUCGAAAUUGAAUGGCGGACGAACUGGAAUUGUCGCCGUUGGUUCCACCGUCGCCGAUGGUCGAGCCUUCCGAGAUCGAUCUCGAAGCUGGAGGACCUGGUGAACAAAUUCAGUGCCGAAUCUGCCUUGAAACUGAUGGUAGGGAUUUCAUUGCCCCAUGCAAAUGCAAAGGAACAUCAAAGUAUGUACAUCGUGAUUGCUUGGAUCAUUGGAGAGCUAUAAAGGAAGGUUUCGCGUUUGCGCACUGCACAACUUGCAAGGCUCCAUAUUAUCUGAGAGUUCACAGUGCUGGAGAUAGGAAAUGGCGGACAUUGAAGUUUCGCUUCUUUGUUACUCGAGACAUUUUAUCCAUAUUUCUUGCUGUUCAGCUUGUGAUUGCUGCAUUGGCCUACAUGGUCUAUUUCAUAGAUAGUUACCAGCAAUCAUGGCUUCGUCAUAUAUGGGGUUUUGACAGUGAGGUCACGUUUUAUUACAUGUGUGGAGCUUUAUUAUUCUUUGCUCUGCUGGGUCUAUCUGGAUGCGUCAUAACCUGCUAUGAUCGAAGGGUUCGCAAUGACUUAGCACAGCCUUGCCGUGAAUUGUGUCUCUGUUGUUGCCAGCCUGGGAUAUGCACAGACUGCCAUCUACCAGGAACUAUUUGUAUGUGGGCAGAUUGCACCGCAUGUACUGAAGGCUGUGCAAGUGCAGUUAGUGAGUGUGGAGGUUGCCUUGGAGGUGCAGGGGAAGCCGGAUUGCCAUUACUCUUCAUAACGGCAUUAGUAAUUCUCGGUCUAUUUACAGUUAUCGGUAUAUUCUAUAGCGUAUUGGUUGCAACCAUGGUUGGACAGCGCAUUUGGCAGCGCCAUUACCACAUUCUCGCCAAAAGAAUGCUAACAAAGGAGUAUGUGGUCGAGGAUGUAGAUGGCGAAAUGACGGGGUCAGAAUGGUCUCCCCCGGCUUUACCAACUGAGCAUGUCCAGCAGCUGAAGACGCUUGGCCUUCUGUGAAACUAUAUGGCUUUUGAUUAAAACUAUGGGAGAUUUUUAACUGCACGCAGGGAAAUGCAUUUGACAAGUGGUGAGAGAGAGAACUCACAGAACGAUGAAAUCUAAUAGAUCUUUUGUAUUUGUAAAGAAAAGACUCCAACUUAUUAAAGAGUCCGUGAUCUCUCCCAUUGAGUCAGAGACCUCUCCAAUUCACGAACUGAGCUUGUGUUGAAUGUUUGUUUCUAAUAUAGGUAAAUAUCCGAAAUAACUAUUUUACUUUCGGAUUAUUUUAACUCGAAGCAAGUUUUUACAAUGGCGAUUACAGUUUAAGACGGUGGGAUUAGUUGAAAU